GACUUUGACAGUUGGUGACAGCUGUCAAAACUAAAAAAAAAACACAUUCCAACACAGAAAAAUGUUUAAAUUUAAAUAAGAUUUAAUGAGAAGAGAAAAACUAACACUAGAGUAAACGAAACCGAGUCAAAUGGGUGAGAAUAACGGGUCGUCGCAGCCCCGUUUUGAAAAGUCCCUCGGUUUGCUCACCACCAAGUUCGUCUCCUUGCUAGAGAAAUCCAAAGGGGGAAUUUUGGACCUGAAGGCGGCGGCGGAUAUAUUGUCGGUGAGGCAAAAGAGACGCAUUUACGACAUCACCAAUGUGCUAGAGGGCAUCGGAUUGAUCGAGAAAAAAACGAAAAACAGUAUCCAGUGGAAACCGAACGGUUUGGCGAGGGACGCCCGGCAAUCGGGCCAGUCCGAGUACUCGUAUAAAGUGUCCAGUUUAAAAAAGGAACUGCUGCGUCUCGAAGAGUAUGAACACGAACUCGACUUACAUAAACUAUGGAUCGAGCAAAGCAUUAAGAACACAACGGAAGACAUUGACACUAGCAAGUACCUCUAUGUGACGAGUGAGGAUUUUGCUAAUUGCUACAGUAAGGACCGGACGAUUUUAGUGAUCAAUGCCCCCAUUAACCAGACAAGUAUUAGACUAAUGAACGAGGGAGAUUGUUACGAUUUAAGAGUGGAGAGUGCAGGGGGGCCAAUGGAGGCGCGUUUAUUAACUGAAAAUUGUUUGGACAACAAGGUGAAGACCCCCAGGAAGAGGCCUAAAAUGACUGAUUCGGACACAGUGGGGAUCCUCAGGAAUAAACGGAGACAUAAAGUAGUGAGUAAUUCUGAUUAUUUGACAGCGGAGAUACUGUUCGGGAAAACUCAAUUGUUUAAUAGUGAGGAUAAUAAUAGUGAGUUAGAGUGUGAAUCGUUUGUUACUCUUAAACCAGCUAUUGCUCACCAAGAGUACUCUUUCGGUUUAUCGGACAAUGAGGGUGCAUGUGACUUAUUCGAUCUGUAAUUAUGUGGUGAUAAUGAUCUGACCGUACUGAAGGGUGUUUAUUAUACUUACUGUGAUUAGUA